AUGGAACAAUGGAACCUAGCUAGAGUAAGACGUGGGGAAUACUUUGAUCCUCCUGGGGAUGACGACCUACCUUUAACUCAGGCUGAUGCGAUUGAUAACUUUGAUUUGGAUCUUUUAGGGUCACCCCAGGAGGCGGAACAACCCAGUCAGCAAUCAGAAGACGGAGUAGACGAUUUUUUACAACAAGUAAGAGAUAGACAAGAUUUAAGAGACGCCGGACCAAGUAACGCACCACAACCAAACAUGGCGGACGUAGAAAUGGCUCGAGUAUCUAGCUCUAGUAGUGGAUCCAAGCGAGGUAGUGAUGGUAGCGGACCGCCGAGUAAGGUAUCCAAGUCUGGGACAAGUUUACCAGGAACAGGAGGCAAUUUGGAUGGUAUGGUUAGAGGAGGUAGUGGGGAAGGCGGAGCUACAGCUAUAUUACGUCCAAUUGGACUUCAUGUUGAGAAGUUUCAACAAACUUAUAGAAAGAAAUGGAGGUUUCUGACUUCAGCAAAUGCAAACGUCAUAUUGGCUGAAGCGGCCAGCGGAGAAAGACCAGCAAGAUGGGCGCUAACGACAGGAAUGGCAUCAAUUCCAUGGGAAUACUUAUUCUUCUAUAUGAGUCCAGCAGAAUAUAACAGAAUGAAGAACUAUCCUGGACGUGGAACACAAGAGUUGCAUUCCAAACUGGAGAUACUCAAACAGCUAAUGCUACACUAA